ACAACCACCUAAAAGGUGUGCAGAGAGUGACAGCUGAGCACCAGACCAGAGUAACGACAGGGAAAGUGACAGAGUUAGUGGCUGCUCUCUGUGCAUCCAUGGACAGAAAGUUCCACAGAAUUGAGUAUAACCCUAUUCUCUCAGAAUCCACCGUUCUUGACCCAAGAUUCAAGAAGCUGGCCUUUCAUGAUAACAGAGCGGUUGAUGAAGCUCUCCAGAGAGUAACUGCAGCAGCAGCAAGGUCCGGCCAGCCAACUUCACUGCCAGAGGGAGAAGACGAUAGUGGAGUUUUUCCACAGGAGCACAACAGCCACACACAAGCUCAAAUCUACCCAACUACAGAUGGGCAUGCCUGAGCUGAAGCUCAAACAAGACUGUGUCACAAGGUGGAACUCCACCUUUCAUAUGAUAAAACGGAUUCUGGAGUCCAAGGAUGCAGUCAUCUCUACCCUGGCUGUUAUGAAUGCAUCAGUUGAUCCUCUGAGCCAAGAGGAAUGGGAGGUACUGCAGGAGGCAUGCACUGUUCUGGAGCCAUUCGAGCAGGUCACUGUGGAGAUCAGUGCAGACAGCUAUGUCACAGCCUCCAAAAUGUUAAUCCUCUGCAAAGGUGUGCAGAGAGUGACAGCUGAGCACCAGACCAGAGUAACGACAGGGAAAGUGACAGAGUUAGUGGCUGCUCUCUGUGCAUCCAUGGACAGAAAGUUCCACAGAAUUGAGUAUAACCCUAUUCUCUCAGAAUCCACCGUUCUUGACCCAAGAUUCAAGAAGCUGGCCUUUCAUGAUAACAGAGCGGUUGAUGAAGCUCUCCAGAGAGUAACUGCAGCAGCAGCAAGGUCCGGCCAGCCAACUUCACUGCCAGAGGGCCAUGAGGGAGAAGAAGCAGCAGAGCACGAGGAGCCACAAGCAUCUGCUGUUUGGAGGUUCUUUGAAGAACGUGCAAGUGGCGACACUACAAGAAGGAAUCCUUCAGCAGAUUCGAUUCUGGAAGUGAGAUCCUACCUUGAGGAGCCCCUUUUCCAGAGAAGUGCAGACCCACUGAGCUGGUGGGAGACCAAGGCUUCAGUGUACCCACGCCUUACUUGUGUGAUGGCACGGAGACUAUGCAUUGUAGCAACGUCAGUCCCCUCAGAGAGAAUCUUCUCCAAAACAGGGCAGAUCAUUACAGAGAAGAAACAGGAUCAGCCCCUCAAAGCUGAGGCACUUGAUCUUUCUCAAUGCAAACCUUCACUGAAGGACAAAACUGCUGAUUUUUUUCUUUUUGUUUUACACAUUUUAAUUUAUAUUUUGUUGUGUGACUCUGUAAGCUUCUGUAUGUUUCACUUUAAAUUUGUUCAGUAUUAAAAAGCUAAAAGUUUUAAAUAGUUAAAAGUUAGUUAAGUUCAUUUGUAAAUAGUUAAACGUUUGUUUUUGCACUUUCUAAUUAUUAUUUGUUAUCACUCUGUAGAGUGUACAUAAGUGUAUUUAUAUAAUAAACAUUUGAUAUAGUGCAUUAGUAAUUCAUAUUGUGCAUCAUUUUACAUUAUUGUUGGUAAUAAAUUAAUUUAAGCACCCAAAAAUCUGAAGAGCCAUU